UAAUUAUAUCUUUCUUAAAUUAAAAAAAUUCAGGGUAAAGCAAAAAAACUCAAAUGCAGAAUAAGUUGAUUGCACGCGAUCGUUUCCUACAUUUAUUACGGCCUUUUCUUAUUUUGUUCCUUUUGUAUAAGGAAGCCUUUUUUUAAACCAUGUUAUAUGUACAAAGUAUCCACCACAAUUUAAUAGUGAUUAAUCUUCGUCAAGGAACCGGUUGCGCACUCAAAGUGAAUUCACCUUUUCCUAUAAGGAAGGCUUGUAACCCCCCUCCCCCCUCUAUAAAAUUCUGAAUUCAACAAACACUUAUCCACAACAAAGGGGUGAGGAAGUGUUUGGAUUUUACUGUUUAUUUGCAGCUAUGGAGAAGAACAACGGCAAAGUCUGCGGGAUUUGUGAUAAGUGGUUCUCCAGUGGGAAAGCCUUUGGAGGCCACAUGAGAUCUCACUACGUCAAAUUGCCGAUUCCUCCAAAGCUUGAAACUAACAAUCAAGUAGAAGAUGAUUCAGCCAAUUCAACCCAGCAUCCCAUUCAAUCUGCUUCCUCACUGAGUUUCAGAUCUAUGAAACGCAACUUGUCUGCCAUCUCUGCAAGCUCAAACAGAGAAAACAAAUCUGAGUCCUACCCACAAAACCCAACCCACAAAAGAUCUAAAUGCCUCCGCAAACAAAAUGCAGCGGCCGAUACAAAAUCUCUGUCAGAACAAACAAGUCCAAUAAGUGAAACUAAAAUUCCUCAGGGUGCUUGGAUAGUGUGGGAUUUUUACAAACUCGCGCAGCAAGAGGAAGAGGCAAAGGCACAAAAAAUAAACGAAAUCAACGAAAUAAAGGCAAAAGACAGUGGAAGCGGGAGAGGUGACUUGCUUGCUCAAGCUGACUCCCAAACCAGGUUCAAGUGUGAGAAGUGUGGAAAAGUGCUCAGAUCUUUUCAAGCACUUGGUGGGCACAAAGCACACUGCAGAAUUGACAAAGAUGGUGACUUUAUUGAUCAGAAACCUUUUCAAUGCCCAUACUGCAACAGAAUGUUCAAGAAUGCUCAAGCACUUGGUGGACACAGGAGGGUACACUUUUCCGUUGCUAAUGAGUUUUGACGCGUGUCAGUGGAUCUCAAUUUAUCAGCUACAAGAUGAAGAGGAUAACCACACCUGUUCUGAAUUUUCAAGUCCCGAUGAUAUUUUAAGUUUCACAAAGCAAUUGCGGAGAUCAGAACUUACAGGUUUAAUUUGUGAUUCUGUACACAAUUUUAGCUGUAUUUAGUUCUGAGUGUUAAGAACAAUAUUUGCUUUCAAUCAUUUUAAGUUUGAAUAAUUUGGAAUUGUGGGUUUACAUUUAUGUAAAAGAGGGAUCUUUGCUUUUGAUUACUGUUUAAGUGUUUUGGUUAGUAGUUUGUAUCUUCUUUGUAGGUUAAUUUGUGUUCAGUGUUAUCAACUGCAGAUUGCAGAAAAUAAUGAUUUGUUCAAAGUUCGUUACGCAAGAGUGUUACAGUACUGAUAUAAUCACUAUUUGAUGACAUUUUGUACUAAAUAGCGAUUUGUUCAAAUUCUGCUGCGUUACAAUGCAACUAUAGCCACUAUUUAACAUCAAAUUCUGCUGCGUUACAACGCAACUAUAGCCACUAUUUAACAUCAAAUUCUGCUGCGUUACAAGGCAACUAUAGCCACUAUUUAACAUCAAAUUCUGCUGCGUUACAACGCAACUAUAGCCACUAUUUAACAUCAAAUUCUGCUGCGUUACAACGCAACUAUAGCCACUAUUUAACAUCGGACAUUAUAAAUCUCCAUAUCUCCAUAAAGACCAAAUUAAUCAUAAUUUCUUUUGUUUGCACAAGUAUGGUUUUAGAUCAAACUUCAUUGGCUCCUACUCUGUUUUUGAA